CUGCGUAGCUUUCGCCAAGGUGAGGGAGAGGGAGUAGCUUGGAAGGGAGAGAUUAUGCAGUAGUAUAAAGCGAAGCGGCAACCACCGCCGAGAUUUCCUCAAGAAUCUCCCCGUCCCUUCCCCCGACCCACUCUUUAUCCAUGAGCACGAACUGCGCGCGAUCAUAGAAUCCACUCUCCGGGCCUGGUUCCGGCUGACGAGGCGCGAAAGAUUUGAGCUUUUCUUGAUUUGCGCUGCCGCCGGCAUUGGGAGAAGACGGGGUCCUGUUCUUGGGAGCCGCGGAGCCGAGUUGCGGGCGUUCUUGGGUCGGGUGCGGGAGUUCAGGUUCGGGAAGCAUGAACUUAUGGUUUAUCUUUCUCUUGCCUCUUCUCUGUCUGCCUGCACGGGUUCGAUCAGAGGAUUACUCGGAUGUGACUGUAAUUGUUCGAGGCUCUGAGACAAUUGCUUCAACCAGUGAUGAGUUUAUCUGCGCCACCAUUGAUUGGUGGCCCCCAGAGAAGUGUAACUAUGACCAAUGUCCAUGGGGAAGGGCUUCUGUCUUAAAUUUGGACUUGACUAAUCCUUUGUUGGGUAAAGCUAUUCAAGCCUUUAGCCCACUGCGAAUCAGAGUCGGAGGCUCCUUACAAGAUCAGGUGCUAUAUGGCACACCAAAUUUGGGAUCUCCAUGCGAUCCAUUUACAAAGGUUUCAGGUGGUCUGUUUGGGUUUUCUCAAGGAUGCAUAACCUUGGAAAGAUGGGAUGCUAUUAAUGAUCUGUUCCUGAAUACAGGUGCAGUUGUUACAUUUGGUCUUAAUGCACUUCAAGGACGACGGCAGAUAAGCAGAAGUGUUUGGGGAGGUCCUUGGAAUUCGAGCAAUGCUAGAGAGUUCAUGGAAUACACAGUUUCAAUGAACUAUCCCAUAGAUUCUUGGGAAUUUGGUAAUGAAUUGAGUGGAAGUGGAAUUGGUGCGAGUGUGGGAGCUGAACAAUAUGGAAAGGACCUAGUUGAACUCCAAACAAUCAUCAAUGAGUUAUAUGGAGAUUCCAGGAAACCACUGGUUGUAGCCCCAGGAGGAUUUUAUGACCAAAAAUGGUUUGCUCAACUUCUUGAGGUCUCUGGGCCAAAUGUUCUCAAUGCAAUGACUCAUCAUAUUUACAACCUUGGUGCUGGUAAUGAUCCACAAGUUCCAAAUCGAAUUUUGAACCCACAAUAUUUGAGCCGGACUUCCGACACAUUCAGAAGUCUCCAACUCACAAUACAACGCCAUGGACCAUGGUCUGCUCCAUGGGUUGGGGAAGCUGGUGGCGCAUAUAACAGCGGCAGCCGUCUCGUGUCUAAUACUUUCCUGAAUAGCUUCUGGUAUCUUGAUCAACUUGGGCAAUCAGCAAAGUAUGACACCAAGGUUUACUGCAGACAGACUCUGAUUGGUGGCAAUUACGGGCUCCUUGACACUGACACUUUCGUACCAAACCCAGAUUACUACAGUGCCUUGCUGUGGCAUCGGCUCAUGGGAACGGGAGUUCUUUCCACAGACAUCAGUGGUUCUUCAUACUUGCGUGCUUAUGUUCAUUGCGGAAAGCAGAAGGGGGGCGUCACACUCCUCUUGUUGAACCUGCACCGAAGCAUGGGAUUCAUGGUUUCAGUCAGGAACGACCUCAAUGUCAAUCUCGCAGAGGGGCAAGGGAUCAGAAGGGACAAUGUGUUUGUCCAUGGCCUUAAAAGGACGGUUUCUUGGGUUGGGAGCAAAGCUUCAGACGGGCAUUCCAAGAGGGAAGAGUACCAUCUCUCGGCGAAAGAUGGGAACCCCUUUGCCCGGACCAUGCUCCUGAACGGAGUUCCUCUAGAACUCACUGAAGAUGGUGAUAUCCCUCCAUUGUAUCCUGUGGAAGUUUCAGUCAAUUCACCAAUCUAUGUUGCUCCUCUGACCAUUGCGUUCGUCGUGUUCCCAGACUUCGAGGCUGAAGCUUGUGGUCCAUGACUAACUGUAGAGGUGUUCCGAAGUACACGGACACUCUGAAGAUAUGUGUUUUCAUUUUCUGAUGUGUCCCAAUUGGGGGGCCACAUUUUCCCAACAAAUAGAGUUCCCUGGUUACUAAUGUUACACUGAUCCAUGUCAAUGCCUCGUGCCUUCGUCAAUGUACAAUUCAUCAUCUCCAAAAAGAUUUGUUGAGCUUUUUCCCCCUAUCAAUCUAAUUCCUGAGAAAAUUGUGCCUUCAAA